AUGGUAGAGGACAAGUCGCAGGUGAAGGUAAAGUUCUUCACGCGGGAGCAGGACGAGUCGCUGCACGUUCUAGAUGCUCCGCUGUUUGCUCCGGUGUCUCUGAAGCGGUAUGGGCUAUCGGAAAUCAUUAAUCACCUGCUUGGGCUCGCAGAGCCGGUGCCGUUUGACUUCUUGAUAGAUGGCCAGCUGCUGCGGUGCUCCCUGCAGGAUUACCUGACGCGAAAGGGACUUUCGAGUGAGGCGGUGCUGAAUGUCGAGUACACUCGGGCCGUGCUUCCGCCUUCGUACCUGAAGAGCUUCAGCAACGAGGACUGGGUGAGCGCGCUCGAUGUGGGCGCGGAGAGGAUCGUGAGCGGGUCGUACGACGGUGUUGUGCGCACUUGGAACCUGUCGGGCAAAAUUGAGAAGCAGUAUUCGGGGCACACCGGUGCAGUGCGCGCGGUGAAGUUCAUUUCGAGCACGCGCUUGGUGUCUGGCGGAAACGACCGGACACUGCGUCUAUGGAAGACCAAGAAUGACGAUGUCAAGCACGUCGACGAGCUGGAGGGCACUGAGGAGGCGCACACACUUGCGAUUCUGGAAGGACACCAGGCCCCAGUGGUUUCGGUGGACGUCCAAGGCGACCGCAUUCUGUCUGCCUCGUACGACAACAGCAUUGGGUUCUGGUCCACCAACCACAAGGAUAUGACUGCAGUCGAUCCGAUGGAUAGCUUGGGGGACAAGGCCUCAUCGGCGGCCAAGAAGCGGAGAAAGCUAACAAUGAAGGAUGGGUCUGUGAGAAGACGCGCACCAUUAUCCCUACUCGAAUCGCACAAAGCUCCUGUCGAGCAAGUGAUAUUUGCAAGCAACGACUCCACUGUAGCCUACUCCGUCUCGCAGGAUCACACGAUUAAAACUUGGGAUCUAGUUACCUCGCGUUGCGUCGACACGAAGUCAACCUCCUACUCUUUGCUGUCGAUGGUCGAGCUUCCGAAGCUGCGCCUGCUAGCUUGCGGGUCCAGUGCAAGACACAUAACUCUGCAUGAUCCAAGAGCGGACUCAUCUGCUAAGAUUACUCAACAGCAGUUGCUUGGACACAAGAACUUUGUGGUGGCCUUGGAUACCUGCCCCGAAAACGAGUACAUGCUAUGCUCUGCCUCACAUGACGGGACCGUUAAGGUCUGGGAUAUUAGAUCCAGCUCUUCCAUAUAUACCAUUACAAGGGAAGAUCAAUCCGUCGAGAAAGGCAUCAACGACAAGGUCUUUGCCGUAAAGUGGGCCAAGGGCGUCGGUAUCAUCAGCGGGGGGCAGGAUAAGAAGAUUCAGUUUAAUAAAGGUGACAACAUUUUCAAGAACUGA